CAAGAGAAGAGGCGAGACAAAUAGAAAUCGAAUGUGUUAUGUAGUUAUGUUAUUGUUGUCAUGUGCCAGAAUAAAAAAGUUUAAAUUGGGAAAAAUUAUUUUUUAAAUAAGUAAAUAAAAAUGAGUAUAUUAAUGUACAUGCUCCGAAGAAUGGUAUAUUCGCCAUUUUCGCCGGUUCAAACGCUCGGAAAAGAAAGAGUAAUAUGGUUGUCGUCUUCGAAUGAGGGCAAUAAGAUCUCUGCUAGGAUGGAGGAAUUUAAGAAAAAGUUAAGGGCAAAAACGUCCAUUGAUAAGCUAGAGGAACUCGAAAAACAUCCACACGAAGAAGAAGAGCCACUGACACCUUUCCCAAACAACACCAAUCCAGUUACCGGAGAAAUCGGAGGCCCCCGGGGACCAGAACCUACUAGAUACGGCGAUUGGGAACGAAAAGGCAGAGUUACUGAUUUUUAGAUUUUAUUUCGACUGAAAUUACAGAGGCACACCUAUUUAAUAGACGAUUCGUGUAAUAUUUACAUUUUGUAUAUACCUUAUUAUGUAUAUGUAAGGAGACAGUUGUAAAUUCCAGUGCAUUUUAUUGGAAACGUCAACGUUCCUUCAAAAAAAUAUAUACUCAAUACUAAUUGAAAUUUUAUUAUAUAAUUUAAGCAAUGUAAAAGA